AUGCCCAGGAAACCCACACCGACGGCUAGGCAGCGGGUUCGGACUGGUUGCCUGACCUGUCGGAAAAGGAGACGAAAAUGCGAUGAGCAGAAACCGAGCUGUGCCAACUGUGAGGUUAAAGGGCUCGCAUGUAAAUAUAGCUCUGAUUUGGCGUUUGUGCCACAGCGUGAGGGGGGUUUUUCUGCUGCGUCAAGACAGGAGUAUAGGAGUAUUACAUUUGUCGAUGAAACACCCCUUGCAGGUGCAAAUAAAGAGAAAUCAAGGGCCCUACAGAGGGCUGGAGAUGAUUCUCAAAGCGAUGGCAAUGCUGGGUUUUCUUUAGACGGAUUACAGUCCUCGACUGACUGCCCUGAUGAUCCUGGGGAUACGCGCCGUGCAUUUGAAUUCCGAAACAUAUUGUCAUCAGAAGUCCCCAAUUUCAACUUUUCUGAGCCUCCAACCCCAUUUGUUGGUGAACGGAGAGGGCCAGAUGCUCGAUAUAUGAAUAGCGCUCCAUACUUCGGGUACAGAUCUGACACCAGUGAUAGACCAGUCGAGCGACGGGGAGCCCUUACAAGUGGAAGUCAUGAGACUGACUUGCUUCGACAUUUCCGGUACCACGUUGGUCCUUGGAUAGAUACUGGGGACCCUGAGCUCCCGUUCGGACUACAGGUUCUUCUUCUUUCGCGAACCAACCGAGCUCUACAAGCUGCAGUCCUUGCGCUGUCAGCAAGUCAACGCCUUCUUGUGGCAUCACCAAGUAACAGAGACUUGGAAAGCAGUCAGCAAUUCCGAAAGGAAGCAGAAGAGAGUCUGGCGCGUGAAUAUGAUUUGGCUAGAUAUGCUGGUCAUACCCUCUUGAUACUUCAAGAUGCUCUACCUGCUGGACCACAACGGUGGAGAGGCCUUUUGAUCCCCAGAAUAGAGCAUAUAAGUGACUUUGCGUCACGAGCAGUGGGAGAAGAGCUUGGUGACGCUUUGUUUUGGGUUUACCUUCGACUUGAUCUCGCAGGCUCAAUAUCUUCUUCAAAACCACCACUUAUGCCCUUUCGAUCAUUAUUACGACGAGAUGGCACCUUAUUACACCACCCACAAUCCACACGGCCUCAGACCGUCAAUUCCGUAUACAAUCACAUAUUGUGCCUUCUAGCUUAUUGUCUCGCCCUAAUACAUGGCGGCCCAGAAAUAUCUCCUCCCCAUACAGUCCCGUCACCAGACCUAGCAGCAUUCCCGUCUCUACGACAAUCGCACUCCCUAUCGCAAUGGACAUUCCUCUGGUCUGACUGCCAGAAAUGGUACAACGAGCGACCAGUCAACGUGCGGCAGAUCGUGGACAUCCGCGGCAGCGAAGCCGACCAGAUCGACGCAGACCACGAUUCCUCAUUCCCAAUCCUCAUCUACACGACACCAAUGGCGCUGGUCGCCAACGCUGUCUACCAUAUGAUUUCUCUCUUAUUGCUCACACAUAAGCCACGGCUUCUGAAAUCACUCCCCGGACCAAGAUCCGUCACCUCGCAUAUCUGGCACGCGCAGUCGAUCGCCGGGAUCGCAACAAGCAAUGACUCCCCCGAACAAUGGGAUCCGAUAUUAGUUGCGAGUCUUCUCACUAUUGCCAAGGAGAUGACACACGAAUCCCAGCAAGCAGCUCUACUAGAUCGGUUUUCCAAGAUCACGGCAACUACGGGCAUCAAACUAGGCCGAGAGACCGACGAGCUUCAAGCUGCAUGGAACCUGGCACGAUACGAGGAGGAAUUCGAUGAAUCUGACGCUAUGAUUUCAUAA